AUGACACCUCCAAUUCGGUGUGGUUGGAAUUGGUGCAUCACGUCAGCACCCACGCGAACACAUUUUAUGAUAAAACCACCAUCAAGUCCAAAGGUUUCAGCCCAGCCAAUUCAUUUCCAUCUCAGCUUUUGUGCUCUACACUACGACAUUCUCUCACUGCAUAACCGCACGCUGGCGUUCCUACGAAGAUCAAACUCUACGUCGCAUAUCGAUGGAGAUAGCACUCUCUCGACCUCCAACGUAAACCGAUCAUCAUGGAACAACAGCGAGCCACACACCAGAACCUUAGAUCCGCGAGAACUGAUGUACAGUUUUGCGAAUAGGAUCUUGCAUUCAAGGUUUUGGAAAGCUUUCUACUUUCUGAUGGCAUUUCUGAGUGUGGUCCUGUUGGGUGUGACACUGGUUGAGAAAUGUCCGUCCUUUUGGUUUUACGUUCUCGAAUACAUUCUUAAUAUCUCCAUGAUUCUUGAAGUAUCUAUCCGAUUCGUGGCUCUCGGAAAGCUCUUUUGGACCUCCUACUGGAACUUGGCUGACCUCUUGAUGAUCCCCCUAUGCCUCAUAACACUCUUCCUCCAAAACUCUUCAGAAUGUACAUCAAGCACCCGACGAGAAGCUGAAAUGGAAGAGAUUUUGCUGAUCGUUCGGAACGUGGUUCUCUUGGGACGGUUGAUUGUUGUCGUCGAAAAGAACCGAAAGCAGAUGUACACCAAAUCUACACCAAUAGACUUUACCACCCUUAACGGGAAGCCACUGGAUCUUAUGGGAGAUGUAUUGCCAGGUGGUCAGAUAUUACCGGCCUACCAUCAGAGCUGGGAAGAAGAGGAUGAUUUUAUAUGAAAUGUGUAUUUAACUAGUUCGGCUCUUCAUAUUGAGGCACUAUAUCUCGAAAACCAGAGUCACUUUAUUAUACUAUGGCAAGUUUACAAGCAACA